AUGAAAUCACUUGUAGAUAUGAGCCGCAUUUCAUUUUCAACAUUUAUUUUUUCUUUUUACAUCUCCUCAACUUCGCCUUCAACCGAGAAGGACGUUGGGGUCUUGCCCUUACAAGGUGCUACAUAUUGGGGUACGGUGAACAGAACAAAAUCCGGUCGAAAUUGUCUCAAGUGGAAAUUAUUCGCCACUAAAAUGACUCUGACUGCCAAUUUGUUUCCCGACAGAACUUUAGAAGAAGCAAAGAAUUUUUGUAGAAAUCCAGGAAUGUAUGAGGUUGAACCGUGGUGUUAUGUCAGUGUUAAGCCGAUGGUUAAAGAGAUGUGUACUGUUUACGAUAGCGAGUUUAAAUCCUGCAGUUUGCCUAGCAGAGGAAUCUAUUAUAAAGGAAAUCAGUCAACAACAAUGCGGGGCAAAAUGUGUAUCGCACCUACGAUUAAUCGAGGAGAAGGGAACAAAAGAACAACAUCUACUCUAAAAAGUAACUCUACCACAAACGUCGAACAUUCAUAUCUCUCAUCAAAUUGUCGAAAUGACAAAUGGACGCUGAAAUCUGGACCUUGGUGUUUCACUGAUGGCAGGCAACACGCUUGGCAAUAUUGCGAUGUCUGCAGCGACAAACCUGCGGUAAAACUUCAUAUGCCAUACAUUAGUGAAAACCUCGCUGCUUAUAAAUCCAAUACUAGUGACAUACUACUAGGUAAUAAGGGUGGAUAUGAAAGGAGUUCAACAAGUAUACAGUUAAAUCGUGAUCAUAUUCUAGCAUGGAGUUCUCGAAUGAACACCCCUAGCGAAGAUACUUGCAUAGAAUUCUGUAAUGCUCUGGCUACAUGUGCGGCUUGCGUAUACAUGCCUAUCAAGGAUGAUGACGUCAUAUCGUCUAUUUAUGAUCUUCAGUUCGAUGAGGAUGAGAAACAAACUGUUUCUAAGUGCUUCUAUUUUACAAAUUUUCCUGAUAAUAAUGCGAGUAAAACUAAAUAUCAAAACUCGGUGGACCUAAUUAAUUUACACGUUAAACAAUGUUCAGCUGAGAGUCUAGUCAAGUUAUUGAAACUUCCGAAUGUGAGGUGCCGAGGGGGAAAGGUUGUCUCAAACACGUCAAAUUAUAUCCGAUGUAGAAAUACUUGCAUACUCAGUAAUAAAUGUCAGGCCUUUGAAUAUCGUCAAGUUUUAAACGAACGAAGUGUGAUUGUUAACACGUGUAAAAUCCACUACGAUAUCCAGCGUUGCUACAAAGAUGUCGGUGAAGAUCGAGGAUUCAUUGUGGAUUACGAUUUAACAUCGGAGAACAAAACAGAUUGGAUUACUCAAACAGCAGAAACAAACGAUUUCAAAUUAUCCAUAACCAGUCAUCAAACAACAAUCACCAAAAACGACAAGCGACAUUCCAACCUAUCCACACACAUCCUCAUAAGAUGCAACCCACACACUUCAAGCAGAUUCAAGAGGAAAAUUGACCCUCUUGAUGCCGAAGAUAUUGACACUUUUGACCCCAACUUCAACAAACCGGUCCCGAAAGCACGAAAAUCGACAAGAUUGAGGGGUGUCAUGCCUCCAUCCCUGACCGGGUUCAUAGUUUUUGUUGUUUUGUCUCUCUGGACCAUAUCCGCCAUUGGAACGACUCUCUAUGCCGCCAAGAUUCAGUUCCUAGAUAAAGAUCCGCUACUGAAGGAGUUGGAAGACUGA